CUACCCAGUCGUACUACUUUUGGAUCAGCCUUUGACGUUGCUCGCGUCACCGUGAGCCUCGACCCUACCAACCCUACACCGAUGCUUCUGCGCAUGCCCUACGCGCAAUACUAUUCAAAGGUCUUGCGCCGGGACGCCCUGGCGCUUGGCGCUGGAACGCUCGCUCCCGAUGCGUUUGCCAACGUACUCAUCUCACGCUACCUCGGCAUUCCGAUGGCCUACACAGCAUUUUGGGCGGUGAACGCAACGCUCCCAAACCGCACUGACGUGUACGUGUCCAUGCAGCUGCCGCGGUUCCCAUCGAGUCUCGGCGUCAUCAAGCUGACGUAUCGCAUCGUGCUCUCAGCCUACAUUGUGUGGCUCAUGGUGCGUCGGUACUACAAGCCGUACUUGCACUUGCGGCGCAACCUAAUCCGCUACGGCCUUGACGGCGAUGAAAGCAACAUGUACGAGAUCGUGGUGGGUGAUGCCACCGGUGUCGUGCUGCAGAGUCCCGUCGUGUCGACGGCGUUUCUUAUCGACACGCUGUGCUCCGUCGACUCCUUUGCCGCUGCAUGAUGCGCGUGUGCCAGCUCAAUGACCUCGUUGCUUUUGGUCUUGCGACUCUGUACCUCUCGCGAACGCUCUGGUUUGCG